AUGAAAGUCUGUGCUGACUUUAAACAAAAUGAAUUAUUGCCAUUAAUAGAAAAGUUAAAAGUAGAAGAAGAUGACAGUAUGAAAGCUGAUUGUCUAGAUGAACUGACACAGAUUAUCGGCAAUAAUGAAGAGAAAAGUGAAGAUAUUGCUGUAUCACUAGUUGAUAGUGGUAUAUUACAAAAAGUUCAUCAAUUAUUAGAAAACUCACAAACUCCACAAUUAUCAGCUAAAUGUGCACAACUGAUUGCUGAACUGGCUAAAUCAGAAUCAUUACGCCAACCCUUGGUAGAUUUGAACUUUAUUAAACCAUUACUUAUUAAUUUAACUAGUGAUUAUAUAUUAUUACCUACACAGUGUUGUCGUGCCCUGGGUAAUAUUUGUUAUGAUAAUGAUGCAGGAAGAAAUGUAAUAGAUGAAUUAAAUGGUAUCAAAUUAUUAACAGAUUUAUUGAGAUCACAAGUUAAAAUUGAUAUUAAGGAUGAAGGAAGUGAGAAAUUAAGAACUAUUGCUUGUGGUUUCUUACUCAAUCUUACCAAUACUCAUGAUGUUUUACAAGAGAAAGCAUUAGAGAAUGGUGUAUUAGAUAUAUUAGAUUUGUGUUUGAAGAAACAUCUAGAAGAUGAAGGAUUAACUAAUAUGGCUUUAUUAACACUCAGUAGUUUAUCAGAUUCAGAUAGUGGAAGAGAUAAAAUUAGUGAAUCUCCAGUUUUAAAAACAUUAGUUAAUUUAUUAGUAGAAGAGAAAGUUAGUGAACAUAUAGAAACUAUUCUAGAUAUACUCAUAUUGUUAACAGAAUGUGAAACAAUCAAAGAUAAUCUAGCGAGUACAGAUCUCAGUAAUCACUUAAUCAAAAUCAUCCAAUCAAAUGUCGGGAAAUCUGAUCCUGAUAGUCAACAAAUAAUCAAAAUGGCGUCUGAUCUUCUGGUCUCACUCUUAGUUGGUGAUAAAAGUAUGGAGUUGUUAUUUGGUGGUGGUAAAGGUCCUGUAUUUAUAGAAUCUAUUAAAUGGUUAUCUAGUGAUAAUGAACAUCUCCAAACAUCAGGAGCUCUAGCUAUUGGGAAUUUUGCUCGGAGUGAUGAACAUUGUCAGUUACUAGUAGAGAAUGGUAUAGUAGAACAUUUAUUAAAGUUAUUACAAGUGACACCUACAGAUAGUAAUAUGACAUUAUUACAUGCUGCGUUAAGUGCUCUCAGAAAUCUAGCAAUACCAGUAAGCAAUAAAUCACAUCUGUUUAAAGCAGGAGUGAUGUCUGCUGUGUUAAAAUUAUCUCCUAUAGAAUCUAUGGCUGUCACCUUUAAAUUACUAGGUGUUUUACGAAUGUUAAUAGAUGGGCAAGAAGAAGCAGCUAAAACACUAGGAGAAGAUAAAGAAUCUUUAGUACGUAUUGUAGAAUGGUGUGAUGUUGAGGAACAUGCUGGUGUCAGAGAUCCCAUAAUACAGAAAUUCAAAGUUCUAUUGUUUAAUGUAGGUGAAGCAACUAGAUUGUUAGCUUGGUUAAUUAAAAACAGUAAAUCAACAUUAGUAAUGAAAAAUGUGAUCAGUGCCGAUGGUAUACAAUAUCUGGUUUCUAUGGCAACAUCUGAACAUGUGGUAAUGCAGAACGAAGCCUUAAUGGCACUAACCUUGAUGUCAUCUUCAUGUUUAGAAGAUGCAGCUGUUCCCUUAAAAGAAGCAGACUUGGCGAAGACUGUGACAGAAAUAUUAAAAAAUCCUUCAACAUUACCUGAAAUAUUAUGUAAUACAUUGACUUUAACUAAAACCAUCUGUUGUGCUGCAAGUAAUUUACGUGAAGAAAUAGUAACAUCAGGUAUAGCUGAUAUUACCAAACAAUUACUUCAACAUAAUGAUACUAAAGUUCAACAAGCUGCCAAAGGUGUUUUAGAUUUUCUUGAUGAUGCAGACCAACAAUGA